AUGCUUUUGCUGUUAUUCUCUCUUGUUAUUGGUAUUAUUAUUGUUGUUGGUUUAUUUUAUUUACUUCGUCAACUUUAUAAUCCCCCAUCAAUUGAUUUUCACGAUCGUCAUGUUAUUGUCACAGAGGGUAGUAAUGGUAUUGGAAAAUCAUUAGUAAAAUCAUUAUUGAUACGUGGUGCAAAUGUCACGAUUCUAGCUCGUAAUGAACAACACUUAUGUCAGUGUGAAUCCGAAUUAAAAUCAAUAUCAGAUAAUCGCUUAUUAUCUUUAUCUGUUGAUGUAAGUUUAUCAUACGAAAAUGUAGAACAAUCAAUAUGUCGUGCAUGCGAGAAACAAGGACCGGUCACAGUCUUGAUCAAUAAUGCCGGUAUUUAUGAUGCAAAAUCGUUUGAUGUAACAAAACCGGUAGAGUUUGAAAAAAUGAUUCGUAUUAAUUAUUUAAGUGCGAUAUAUUGCACAAAAGCCUGUAGGAAAUAUAUGUAUAAAAUGGGUUAUGGACAAAUUGUACUCGUUUCAUCACAAGCUAGACAGUUAGACGGUUAUACAUCAUAUUGUUCAACAAAAUUUGCAUUAAGAGGUUUAGCUGAAGCAUUACAAAUGGAAUUAGCACGAUCGAACAUUUAUGUCACGACUAUUUAUCCCCCCCAUUUAGAUACACCUGAAUUUACAGAAGAAAAUAAAUCAAAACCAGUUGAAACACAAUUGAUUUCGCAAACAUCGAGUAUUGUAUCGACUGAUUUAGUGGCUGAAAAUAUUAUCAAACAAACAUUGAAAGGUUCAUUUGCCUGUUGGUUUAGCAUUAACGGAUUUUUAUUGACAUAUCUAACAAGUGGCACUUCCUCAAUGACAACAUUAUUAGAAUCGAUUUAUCAAGUAACAUUUGUUGGUUUAGCUCGAUUAAUAGCAAUAACAUUAUUCCGGGCAUUCUACAGUAUUGUUAGAAAUAAUCGUCGACAAUCAUCAUCUACACAUUAG